GUGCUUCUCACACCUGACAUGAUCGCUGCAAUGGAGCUCCUCGCAAAAGCCAGAAGUGAGUGUCAAGUCCGCACAGAGAAUGUGUACUUGUUUGCACGCCCAGGUGUCCUUUCCCAUUACAGAGGCUCUGACUGCUUUCGCAAGUAUGCAAAUAAAUGUGGUGCAAAGUACCCAGAGGCCCUUACCUCAACAAGAUUGCGGAAACAAGUUGACACUUUGUCCACAGUACUAAAUCUAAAAGAAAAUGAAAUGGAUCAACUUGCCACCUUUCUCGGACACGACAUCCGUGUCCAUCGAGAAUUCUACCGGCUUCCAGAGCCAGAGAGUACCCUGCGGCUUGCAAAAGUCAGCAAACUGUUGAUUGCAAUGGAGAAAGGAAAACUGUCUGACCUGCAGGGGAAAGGGUUGGAUGACAUCACAAUCAAUCCUGAUGGCUCAAGGACCAAGAAUUCUGGGAACCAAAGCCGCACACUUUACUCAGCUUCCCUGGACAAUAUGGAGGUUUCUUCUGCCUCAACCACCCUGGACAAUAUGGAGGGCGCUUCUGCCUCAUCCACCCUGGACAGCAAAAACAUCAGCAACACUGCACCAAGAAAGGCUGGGAAGGCAAGGUGCAAGUGGACAAAUGAUGUGAUGAAGUCAAGCUGCAAAGUACCUGGCAAAAAGGAAUGUGACUCCUGCAUCCAAGCAGAACCGGCAGCUCUGAAAGGCAGAGACUGGGUUGCCGUAAAGUAUUACAUUCACAACAGGAUCAUAACAUUGAAAAGAAAGAUGAAUAAAUAAAAUUAUAAAAUGCAGGUUCAGGAAUGCUGCA